UGGGCAGCCAGCCCACAGCAGGAGUGUGAGUACCUGCAGAUGAUCGAGAUACAACGCCAGCAGUGCCUGGAGGAGGCCCAGCUGGAAGAUGAAACCAUGGGCUGCAGCAAGAUGUGGGACAACCUCACCUGCUGGCCAGCUACCCCUUGGGGCCAGGUGGUCGUCAUGGACUGCCCCCUCAUCUUUCAGCUUUUCGCCCCUGUUCAUGGACAUAACGUCAGCCGCAGCUGCACUGAAGAAGGCUGGUCACAACUGGAGCCGGGCUCCUACUACAUUGCCUGCGGACUGGAUGACAAUGCAUCUAGUCUGGAUGAGCAGAGACAGACCGAGUUCUACAGUGCCGUGAAGACUGGCUACACCAUCGGCUAAAAGGUGUCCCUUGCCAGCCUCCUGGUUGCCAUGGCUAUCUUGAGCCUGUUCAGGAAGCUACACUGUACCCGAAACUAUAUCCACAUGCACCUUUUCAUGUCCUUCAUCCUGAGGGCCACUGCUGUCUUCAUCAAGGACCUGGCUCUCUUCAACAGCGGAGAGAUGGACCACUGCUCUGAGGGCUCGGUAGGCUGCAAGGCAGCUGUGGUUUUCUUCCAGUACUGCAUCAUGGCCAACUUCUUCUGGCUGCUGGUAGAGGGACUCUACCUACACACCCUGCUGGCCGUCUCCUUCUUCUCUGAGAGGAAGUACUUCUGGGGGUACAUACUCGUCGGCUGGGGGGUGCCCAGUGUCUUCACCAUGGUGUGGACCAUUGUCAGGAUCCAUUUUGAGGAUUUUGGGUGCUGGGACACCAUCAGCUCCUCACUGUGGUGGAUCAUAAAGGCUCCCAUCCUCACCUCCAUCUUGGUGAACUUCAUCCUGUUCAUCUGCAUCAUCCGAAUCCUGGUUCAGAAACUACGGCCGCCCGACGUUGGGAAGAAUGACAGCAGCCCGUACUCGAGGCUGGCCAAGUCCACACUUCUGCUGAUCCCCCUCUUUGGAGUUCACUAUGUCAUGUUUGCCUUCUUCCCUGACAACUUUAAGGCUGAGGUGAAAAUGGUCUUCGAACUUGUCGUGGGGUCUUUCCAGGGCUUCGUGGUGGCCAUCCUCUACUGUUUCCUCAACGGCGAGGUGCAGGCGGAGCUGCGGCGGAAGUGGCGGCGUUGGCAUCUGCAGGGCGUCCUGGGCUGGAGCUCCAAAUCCCAGCACCCGUGGGGAGGCAGCAACGGCGCCACGUGCAGCACGCAGGUGUCCAUGCUGACCCGCGUCAGCCCCAGCGCGCGCCGCUCCUCCAGCUUCCAAGCCGAGGUCUCCCUAGUCUGA